AUGCAUUUCUCCUAUAUAAUUGCAAUAAUCUUAUCGAUCGCAACUUCUUAUUUUUAUUUCAUCUAUUCAACAAAUUCAGCUACCACUAAUACACCAAUUGUUUCACAGAUGACUUCAACAAUUGCUGCAUCAAGUGCAACUGCAACUGCUAUUGCUUCAAAGUUUAUUAAAAACUCAAAUCCCUUUCCAACUUAUUUUAUCAGUCAUGGAGGUCCUACUUUUAUGUAUGAAAAUGAUGAUUUCGGAAAUAAAGGUGCUUGGAAUACUGUUAAAAAAAUAGGUAAAACUAUUAAAAAGAAUUGGAAACCAGAUUAUAUCAUUGUCGUAUCUGCUCAUUGGCAAUCAUCGGGAAAUAACUUGGUAGAAAUUUCAGUUCCAAAAUCAUCAGUUGAUCCAUCAAAUGAAUUAAUUUAUGAUUUCUAUGGUUUCCCACAGCACAUGUAUGAAGAAGAAUUUUAUUCACAUAGCUCUCCAGAAAUUGCCAAACAAAUUAAAGAAGAAUUAACAGCUAAUGGUUUCCAAUCUCAGCUCACAAAAAGAGGAAUUGAUCAUGGAGUUUGGGUACCAUUUAAAGUAGCAUUUAGUGAUUACAACAAAUUAACUCGUCAACCAAGUCAACAAGAAAAACAAGAAGGAGAUUUACCUGAUAUUCCAGUAAUUCAAGUAUCACUUACUUCAAAUGAUAGAGAUUUUCAAACGCAUUAUAAAUUGGGUGAAGUAUUAGGUAAAUUUUCUAGUAAUAAGUUAUGGGAUGAAAAACAACAAAAAUAUUUAUCAGGUUUAAUUGUUUGUUCAGGUAUGUCAGUUCAUAAUUUACGUGAUUUAGGUAGAUCUAUGGGUCAAAUUGGACAAAUUAUGCCAUAUGUUAAGCCAUUCAAUAAGUUAUUGACUGAAACCUUAACUAAUUCCUCAGAUAUUCUUAAGGGUCUUUUGGAAUUACAACAAAACAAAUUGCUUUAUGCUGCUCAUCCAACUUUAGAACAUUUUGUUCCAAUUGUAGUCGCAAGUGGUAUCAAUGGAAAUUCGCAACCAGUUAAAGAAAUAUAUAGUGAUGGUAUGCUUAGUUUAGGCUGGAAUGUUUAUCAAUUUGGUAACGAAUACAAAUUAUAA